CAGGAAGGGAAGUCGUUUCGUUAGUUCUUCCGCCCAAAUCUGAAACACUGCCUUUUAGUAAUUACGAAGGGAGAAUCUCUGAUCUCGAUCCAGAUUCAUUCGUGGAGGAAGACGAAGGAACGAACGAACCCUACUUCAUUGGAUCACGGUGGGAGAGAAGAUCUGUGUAAACAAAUUUGGAUUCCGUUUGUCGUAAUCGCAGAUCCCCCACGCUGCUUUCUCUCGAUCGAUAUCGGUAACCUCCUCUGGUAUUGAUUUAUCUAGCGAGGAAGGUGUGAAAAGAAUCAGCAUCCAGAUUGAUUGUUCUUGGUGUGUGCUAUGAGUGUUGGUGUAUAAGCAAAAAUAAUUAAAAAAAAAUGAAGUUUUGGAGGGAACGUGAAAGGGAGAGCAAAGAGCAGAUCUUAGCUCCAUUAUGUGGCCAAGUUCGAGUCUUGGUCGUUGGUGAUUCAGGUGUUGGAAAAACAUCACUUGUACACCUGAUUAACAAAGGUUCUUCUAAUCAUCGCCCAUCUCAAACGAUUGGAUGCACUGUUGGUGUCAAGCAUAUAACUUACGGGAGUCCAGCUAGUUCUUCGAGUAGCAUUCAAGGGGACGCAGAGAGAGAUUUCUUUGUUGAGCUCUGGGAUGUUUCAGGGCAUGAGAGAUACAAAGAUUGCCGCUCUCUCUUCUACUCACAAAUCAAUGGAGUCAUAUUUGUUCAUGAUCUCUCUCAGAGAAGAACAAAAACAAGCCUGCAGAAAUGGGCCUCUGAGGUUGCAGCCACUGGAACUUUCUCAGCUCCUCUUCCCUCUGGAGGUCCUGGUGGUCUUCCUGUUCCCUUCAUCGUUGUUGGAAACAAAGCAGAUAUUGCUGCGAAAGAAGGUACAAAAGGAAGCAGUGGGAACCUUGUCGAUGCAGCUCGUCAUUGGGUUGAGAAGCAAGGUCUGCUUUCCUCAAGUGAAGAACUUCCUCUCUUUGAAAGCUUUCCUGGUAAUGGCGGUCUCAUAGCGGCCGCUAAAGAAACCAGAUACGAUAAGGAAGCUUUCAACAAGUUUUUCAGGAUGUUGAUAAGAAGAAGAUACUUCUCAGACGAACAACCAGCAGCUUCACCGUGGUCUAUUUCGCCGCAUCGAACCUCAUCAUCCCAACGUUUAGACGACGAGAUCACAAGCGACGAUGACCAAUUCUACAAGCGAACAAGUUUUCAUGGAGAUCCUUACAAGUACAACAACAACAACAACACGUUACCGCCACUUCCAGCACAACGCAACCUAACACCGCCUCCUACGCUGUAUCCGCAGCAGCCGGUUUCCACUCCUGAUAACUACGCUAUACCGAGAUUUUCACUUUCUAGUGUACAAGAGACAAGCAACAAUGGCAGUGGUAGAUCUAAGCGAAUGGAUAUUAACGUUUGAAAAAUCGAAAUCAUCUCUUUUAUCGCUUGCAAGAAAACUUAAUGAAGCUCUGUGUUACUUUUUGGUAUCUAUUAUUCGUUUUUUGAUUGUUCCUUCCAAAUGGUUUCUUUGUCUUUCGGGUUGUAAAAGUGGUAAAGUGAAUAUGCGUGUAACCGAAACCCUCUUUUGAUUGUUCUUAGUAGCAAAUUAUGUGACAGUUUUAUCUUU